ACUAAAAUGAGUUCAAACGCCCAAUAAAUGUAUAAAUGCAAUGCAUGCAAUAAAGUAUACAAGUACAGAAAAUCAUAUUUGGAGCAUGUUGAAAGUCAUGCUCAACCACAGCGACCUAGAAUGGAAUAUAAUCAUCCUAACCCUCAGCAUGCUCAAAUGAUUAAUUUUAAACAAAUGGAUCAACUCCAGCAUGCUCAAAUAAUGUAGAAUAACCAAAUGCAAUGGCAGCAAAAUCAAUAUGGGGUAUAUCCUCCCGGCACUUUGGUUCAGUAUCCUUUUAUACAUUACCCUAUAAAUAAUCAACAAUAUCAAUAUUAUGUACCAAAUCUAAUGCCAAUACAAUAUUCCUCAACGGGAAAUGGUGAGACUGAUAAUGUGACAGAACAUGUUGAUGAAGUUAAUGCCAAUAACGAAAUGGACAUAACAUCUGAAAAUUCUGGAGAGAUGUACAUCCAUUCUGAUGAUGAUUACUAUGUAAUUAAUAAUGCCUUUUAACAAGAGGUGAUAAUGUUGACAAUCUAAUAUCUAACCAAUGUGAAGAAAUUAAAAGCAAAAUGUCUGAAUUCCAAGAGAGAGAUUCGGGUUGGACAUUAACUGGGAUAGUCAGAGCUGAAAUAAAUAUAAACAAAUCGUCCCUUGUUAAAGGAUCUAAGUGGAUAAGUACACCACCCAAAUUGGCUAAACGACAUGCAUGCAUUAAUAUUGAGAGUAUGGACGAUUAUUGUUUUAAAUGGUGUAUUAUUGCUGCUAUGGACACUAGCUAUAUUAAUAAUAAAUAUAACAUUACUAAUGAUAUCAGUAGAGCAGUAAUAAAAUUACAGAAUAAUGUUGUAAUAGACUUUUCAUCAUUAGUGUUUCCACUUAACCUGAAAAGCAUAUCAAUAAUUGAAAAAAACAACCCAAACAUCAUCAUAAAUGUGUUCGGUUACGAUGAGGAACAUGAUGAAAUCGUUGGUCCAUUUUAUCUUACAAAAGAGGAAAAAUUAAGCAUAUAAAUCUUAUGCUUCUAGAGAAUACUGAAGGAUUUCAUUAUAUUUUAAUAAAUGAUAUAUCAAGAUUUUUAAAAAACCAAAUUACUAUGCAUUGCCGCAAACUUCUUUUUUACAAUAGUUGUUUGCAGUACACCCACGAUGCUGGUACAAUGGAUACCCAUAAAAUGGAGUGUGGAAAAAUAGUUACACAUAUGCCGACACCUCAAAAUAAUAAUCUGAAAUUUAAGAACUACCAAUGUCAACUGGAUAUACCUUUUGUAGUAUAUGCAGAUUUUGAAUGUAUAUUAGAGAAUAUACAAACUCAUAUGGAGUGAAGUCAAGCUGCGGUAUUGGCAUUGGUGAAGACCUGGAAAUCCAAGGAAUGCUAAUAUAAUCCUAAACAUGAGUUUUAUAAACAUGCACGAGCAGCUGCUUUGGACACAAUUGCCACAAAUUUAAAGCAAAUAGUUCCAAAAAUUUCACCAAAUGAUGUAAAG